AUGGCUACGAUAAAACUUAACGAAAUUGACCUAAAUUGUCAUACAAAAACAUUAAGUGUUCAAACUCUUCUAUGCUGUCUAGUUUGUUUCUUACCAUCCUCAUGUGAGCUUCUACAUGUGUUCAGAAUUUUAUUAUUUCCAACAUUUAAACUGCAACGGUUUUGCAGAGCAACACUCAUUGCACAUCAUAGAUUAGCAAGACUUGAAAAAAAUGGUGCUACCGUUAAUACCGCGUUUUUCGCUGCUACUGAACUCAGAACGUCUGUCGAGUUCGAGUGGUCUGAGGAGGAUACAAAAUAUGAUAAUAUUGCUGUUACCAUGCAUAAUGAUACUCGUUUUCCUGUCGCAAAAAAAGCGGCUUAUUCCUAG